UAAACAGAUAGAUCACGGUUCCCAUGUCCAGAAGCUCCCGUUCCAAGCUCCGACUCGAUCCAGUCGAGCACUAUCUUCCUUUAUUCGCUCCUGUUGGAUCUUUCUAGUUGCCCUCAAACCCCACAUUAACAAAGAUAGGCUCAAUUUGAUUCGCAAUCACAAGGCAUUCGCCGAAGUUCAUGUGGAUUUAUAAACUCUACGUGUCAGGGUUCUUGAUGCCUGUAAUCCGGCAAGUUUGAUUGUUUGAUCUAUUUGUUAGAAGAUGGCGUGGUUUAGUGGGAAAGUCUCUUUUGGGGGCUUUCAGGAUCUUUCUGGGGUUGUGAACAAGUUCAGUGAGAGCGUGAAGAACAUUGAGAAGAAUUUUGAUAGUGCUCUUGGUUUCGAGGAGAAGUCCAACACCGAGACCGGUGGCAGUGAAGCUUCAGGGUUAUGGCCUGCUGCUACAGACAAGAAAGCAAUAUUUGAACCUGUCAUGGCUUUUAUUGGGCAUAAAGGUGGGGAAAGUACUGUUGAAUCAUUUGAGAAACCUGAAGGACCCUCCAAUCCUCCAUCUGAUGUUGAGGAAAAAGAAGGGCUUGAGAUAGCUAGCUCAACCAAUUCUGUUCUGGAACAAACUGCACCUACCGAAGAUGCAAAUGAAGAAACAGUGAAAACUGAAACGCAUGCGGACACUACAGAGGGAACAAGUGUAGCCAUUGCAGAGGGAACAAAUACCAUUGUUGGAGACCAUAGUAAAGCUGAAUCCGAUUCAAAACUGGUGCCUCUUGAAAUAUCUGGACCCACUAUUGAUCAUGUUAAGGAGUCAGAUUCCUUAAACCAUCUCGAACAGAAGGAGAACCCAGAAGCAGGAUAUUUUGAAAAUUCAGAGACAGUGGAAGCCAAUUCAACUAAUUCUUUACAUCAAGUAAAGGGCAGUGCCCCUGUGCUAGAAUUGCAUGAUAUUAUUGAUUUGCAGGAGAGCCGAGGUGAAACAAAGAUACAAGAAGAAGAGCAUCUAGAGAAAAUUUCUCCAAUUGAAGCUGGGAAUGAAUCAACUGAUAACCGGAAUGAAUCAACUGAUAACCGGACUGAAACUGGGACAGAGGCCCCUAUUUCUAAUUCUGCGAUGCCUGAUGAGACUGGAAAUGAUGAGGAUUGUUCUGAAAUCAGUUCUCCAGCUGUCCAACAUGCAGAGACUGGAAGUGCUGAGGAAUGUUCUGAAAGCAAUUCAUUAUCUGUACAACAUCUAGAUGAGGCUUCAAAGAUGGUUUCUGAGUCGGUUUCAGAUGAAAAUGAUGCAAUUGCUAAAGCUGUUGAAGUGAAACAACGAGCAGCUGAUCAUGAAUCUGAUUUAAAGGAACGUCCAAGUUCAGGAAGCAACUCAUCUGACAUUGCAGAUUCUGUGGCUGAAUUAGAGAAGGUGAAGAGGGAGAUGAAAAUGAUGGAAACUGCACUACAAGGAGCUGCUAGACAAGCCCAGGCAAAAGCUGAUGAAAUUGCAAAGUUGAUGAAUGAAAACGAGCAACUAAAGGCUGUAAUUGAGGAUCGGAUGAGAAAAUCCAAUGAAGCAGAAAUCGAGUCCCUCCGAGAGGAGUACCAUCAAAGGGUGGCAGCUCUUGAAAGAAAGGUUUAUGCUCUCACUAAGGAAAGGGAUACAUUACGUAGAGAACAGAAUAAGAAAAGCGAUGCUGCUGCUCUUCUGAAGGAAAAGGAUGAAAUAAUCAAUCAAGUUAUGGCUGAAGGUGAAGAGCUUUCAAGAAAGCAAGCUGCUCAAGAAUCUCAGAUUAGGAAAUUAAGGGCUCAGAUUAGAGAAUUUGAAGAGGAGAAGAAAGUAUUGACCACCAAGCUACAGGUUGAAGAGAAUAAAGUAGAGAAUAUAAAGAGGGAUAAGGCGGCAACUGAAAAGUUGCUGCAAGAAACAAUAGAGAAACACCAAGCUGAACUUGCUACUCAAAAAGAAUACUACACAAAUGCUUUGAAUGCAGCAAAGGAAGCUGAAGCAUUAGCUGAGGCACAGGCCAACAAUGAAGCCAGAACUGAAUUAGAGAGUCGUCUAAGAGAGGCUGAGGAACGUGAAGCUAUACUAGUUCAGACACUUGAAGAAUUAAGGCAAACUCUGAGCAGAAAGGAGCAGCAGGAAGUUUUUAGGGAAGAUAUGCUGCGCAGAGACAUUGAGGAUCUGCAAAAGCGAUAUCAAGCAAGUGAGCGCCGAUGCGAAGAGUUGAUAACACAGGUUCCGGAAUCUACUAGGCCUCUUUUAAGGCAGAUUGAAGCUAUGCAGGAAACAAUUGCCCGAAGGGCUGAAGCUUGGGCUGCUGUGGAGAGGUCACUAAAUACACGGCUUCAGGAAGCAGAGGCCAAAGCUGCAGGUGCAGAGGAAAAAGAGCGAUCUGUAAACGAACGCUUGUCUCAAACAUUAUCACGCAUAAAUGUUCUUGAAGCUCAGAUUUCAUGCCUUCGAGCCGAGCAGACGCAGCUGACCAGGUCCCUUGAAAAGGAGAGACAGAGAGCAGCAGAAAAUAGGCAGGAGUAUCUUGCAUUGAAGGAAGAAGCUGACACUCAUGAAGGUCAUAUAAACCAGCUUGAAGAGGAAAUAAAGGAACUCAGAAGGAAACACAAGAAAGAGCUACAAGAAGCAUUGACCCAUCAGGAAUUUCUGCGGCAGGAGGUAGAAAGGGAGAAAGCUGCCCGUUUGGAACUAGAAAGGACAGCUCGCCUUCAAUCUUCUGCCGUUUCUGAUCAAAGUCCAAGAACAAAAAAGUCUGCUUUUGAGAAUGGAUACUUGACCCGCAAACUUUCAAGUGCUAGCAGCUUAAGCAGUAUGGAAGAAAGUGAUUUUCUGCAAGCAUCGUUAGACUCAUCUGACAGUUUCUCUGGACGAAGGAAUCCUGGAGAGGCAACAAUGAGUCCAUAUUAUAUGAAGAGCAUGACACCAAGUGCUUUUGAAGCUGCCCUUCGUCAAAAGGAGGGGGAACUUGCAUCUUAUAUGUCUCGAUUGGCAUCUAUGGAAUCUAUUCGUGACUCUCUUGCUGAGGAGUUGGUUAAAAUGACUGCACAGUGUGAGAGGUUACGGACAGAAGCUACCUUGCUGCCUGGUAUACGGGCAGAACUAGAAGCCCUAAGACGUAGGCACUCGGCAGCGCUGGAGUUGAUGGGUGAACGCGAUGAAGAGCUGGAAGAGCUUCGUGCGGAUAUUGUAGACUUGAAGGAGAUGUAUAGAGAACAAGUAAACCUGCUUGUAAAUAAGAUCCAGGGACUGAGUUCAUCUUUUAUGGGUGCUGCCUAAUAAAUCGACUACUUAUUAUGGGCUAUUCCAGCCUUGUAUACCUAUGGUACAGUUUACAGUAUAUGUGGUGGUAUAAUAUCCAGUUGGUUAUGCUCGUCUCAAUCCACCAAGUGUUUUUUGUGACUCCGAGAUGUAAAGAACACAAUGCCUUGGAAGAUUUUCCAUAUAAUUGUAAUUCAUGGUGUAUUGUCGUAUAGUGUAUGAUUUUCACUGUGGCUGUUUGCUUUUGAUCCUUUGGGAAAACUUUUCUGGUUGGUCUUCUAAUUCAAUAAGAUUAGCACAAUAUUCUUUCUGCUGAGAAUAUUGCAACUUUUUUUUCUUACCAUUAUUAUAUUUUUGUUGUCAAGGGAAAAGGCCGGAUCAA